AUGGCGACUCGGGUGCGCAAUGCGGGGCGCUUCGCGACACUCGUAGAUUCCGAUUCGGAUUCGGACCUCGGAGGCCUAGAAGUCUAUCCGCGCAAGAGACAGAGCUCGGUGGCUAGAGCAUCGAAUCGAAUCACAAAGCCUGCUUCAAAACUGGCAGGAUCCAUCGAAAGAAAAGCCCCGCGCCGAUCAUCACCGGGCCGACGAGCGUUGAUGGACAAGAGUAACAAUAUCAAUGCGCCACGUCCAUCACACAAAAGUAAAGACGAGAAGCCUGUUCGCCCACUCAGUGAUGAAUUGUCCGACGACGACAGUAUGUUGCAAUUGCAUAAGCCAAGGGAAAUUCGGAAAAAGCAGCGGCUCGAAGAAUCGCGACCUGUUAAGCAAAGUUUCGCGAUAACGAAGCGCUAUACAUCCUCAUCACCUAGGCGGGAAGCUCGCCGCAACCCGGUAGAAUUUGUGGCAGAGUUGGAGGAGGACUGUGUGAUGGACAUGGUGGACGUCAUUGAGCCAAAAGAGGAAGAGGAGGAGCUCCCAGUCCCAACGAGCCGACAAUCAACCGCGCCAGUCUCAUCCCAUGCGUGUCCGACGAGCAGAUCGCAAAAUACACAGGGAGAGAAUUCGUUGAUAGAGCUUCGGUUGCGCGAAAUGACGAAGAAAUACGAGAAUCUCGAAGGCCGCUAUGCUGAGCUUCGUGAGGUCGGCGUUAAGACCGCCGAGCGAAACUAUGAGAAUCUGCGCAAGCAGGCCGACGAAAAUGCGUCAACCGCAAACAAGCUCAUCGCCAAGCUCAAGGAAGAAGUAGCUGCCCAACGUCAAAUAGCGAGCGACGCGGAUUCGCUGCGUCUGCAGCUGCAGGAUAGCCAAAGCAACGUGCAAGAGCUCACCAAUAAAGCCAAGGAGCUAACUAGCUCUCUUGAUGAGGCCGAUCGCCAAAUCAAGGCCCUCAACGCCAAGCUUUCUGCAAGCCGGGCAGCUCCCGGUACUGCCAUUCCCAGCAGCGCAGUCAAGGGCAACGCGGCAAAAUCUUGGACAGGCCAAUCGGAAAUGGUCCAUGCUGCGCACGCGAAGGAAGACUUGUAUGCAGAUCUUACGGGUCUCAUUAUCCAGGGGGUGAAACAGAAUGGUAGUGAGGACAUAUUUGACUGCAUCCAAACCGGCCGUAACGGCACGCUUCACUUUAAGCUCGGCAUCCCUGGCAGCAGUUCCACAGUCAGCUAUGAGAAGUCCGAGGUCAGUUACAAGCCGCAAUUGCAGUCUGAUCGCGACGCCGACUUGAUUGCACGCCUACCGAGUUAUCUUUGCGCGGAAAUUGAGUUUGGGAGACCGCAGUUGGCCAAUUUUUACAGCAAGGUUGUCAAGGUAUCGAGGGAGAGGCAAUCGGAGUCAAGCGAGUAA